AUGAUACGUGAAGAGCCUAGUGUUAAAAUUGGGUUAAUACAGGAGAGGAUUGCAUCAAGUCUAGGAUUUCAUAUAUCAUACCGAAAAGCCUGGAAAUCAAAGCAGAAGGCAAUUGUGAGGGUAUUUGGGGAUUGGGAUGAGUCGUACGCGUUUCUGCCAAGAUGGUUGGAUUAUAUGUUAUUGUUUUCUCCUGGGUCUGCCUAUAAACUGGAUGUGAAUGAACAUAGGAUUGAUGGUCGGCUCGAUGGUUCGCACAAGGUGUUUAAAAGGGUUUUUUGGACAUUCAAACAGUGUUGUGAUGCCUUUAAUUAUUGCAAGCCUAUGCUCCAAAUCGAUGGGACACAUUUGUAUGGAAAAUACCGCAGAACGCUAAUGAUCGCUACAGCUGUUGACGGUAACAAUUAUGUCCUGCCUGUAGCGUUUGCUGUUGUUAGUUGUGAGAAUAUUGACAAUUGGUCCUGGUUUUUGGCCAUGUUACGGAUCCAUGUGACUCAGAAAGAUGGAAUAUGCCUUAUUUCUGAUCGACAUGCAGGCUACACUACAUCGCGAUUGGAUUUUGACGCUGGUUUGGAAAAAUUUAAAGAAUCAAGCCCACAGAUAGCAGCAUGGAUUGAUCGAAUUCCGAAGGAAAAAUGGAGUAUAUCAUACGAUGCUGAAGGAAGGCGAUUUGGCCAUAUGACUACAAACUUGUCGGAGUGUGUUAACAAGGUUCUUAAAGGUGCUAGAAACUUACCAAUCACGUCUUUGGUGCGCAUCACGUACGCUAGGCUUAACGAAUAUUUUUUGGCCCACGGGCAGGAGGCUCGGGAAGAGAUGGACAAAGGUAAUCGUUUCGCCAAAGUGUUCUGGGUUGAAUAUGUUAAAAACCAACAAAAUGCUGCAACACACUUUGUUACGUCGUAUGACAGACAAAAAACACGAUUUGAAGUUCAAGAGUCUUACAAUCAAAGAACUCAUAGAGGAGGAAAGAAAUGGUGGGUUUCAUUACAGGAUCGGGCCUGUCAAUGUGGUGAGUUUACUGCUUUUAGGUACCCAUGUAGUCAUGUGAUUGCUGCGUGCAAAUCAGUAAAUCAUGACCCCUUACAAUACAUUGAUCCUGCAUAUAGUGCGUCAUAUCAAUGCCAGGUAUAUUCCGGGCAAUGGUAUCCAAUUGGUAAUGAAGACUUCAUCCCACCCAGCCAAGGCCCAACAAUUCUCCCGGAUGUGUCACUUAGACGUAAAAAAGGCAGGCCGCGAAGUACCCGAAUCCGUAACGAAAUGGAUCAGCGCGAGGGUGUGAGCCAGCAGGUAAGAUGUGGUUAUUGUAGGGUUGUUGGCCAUGACAGACGUCGUUGUCCAUCUCGCUUGCAAGGCAAUUAA